CGCGCCCCGGCCGGAGCGAGCGGGCAGACGAGCAGUGGCAAAGGUACAGUCGAGACAGCAUGAGCCUCCGCAGUGGCUGUGGUGGGCGCGCUCGGGGUUACACACUCGAGCAUCAGGUGGUUAAGUGGUAAGUGCGCCAAGAGGAAGGGCUCGUGAAUGUGCCGGGACUGUUGCAUCUGCGAGUAGCACGAGGGAAUAGCCGGGUCGUUGCGUAUUCUCCUCGGGCAGUGAAGGCAACACGACGAUAAACUGGAAGGUGCAUCGGCUUGGACAACCGCGCGGAAAGGCAGAGCGUGGGAAGUGCUGCGCGUUUGGGGGAAGCGGGAAGGCCCCGUCGGCUGCCCCGGCGUCGAGGGAGUUUGCUUCGUCGCUGACUACUAGCCCGGAUGGCCAAGACUCGCAACGCCAGGGAUUCGGACGAGCGGCCAGCCUCGCCGUCGCCGCCGCCCGAGGAAGCCGCCGUCCUCAUCCCCGACUUCGACUCCGUCUUCGACUACAUCGGCGGCUUCGGAUGGUACCAGUCAAUCCUCUUCGCCGCCACGUGCUACCUGUGCGUGCUGUGCUGCUGUGUUUACUUCGGCCAGCUGUUCAUGACGCUGACGCCGCCCCACUGGUGCCGCGCCCCUCCGGAACUCGAGGGCCUCAACCUCACGCAGGAGGAGCUCAAGAACCUUACCAUCCCCAGGCACCACAACGGGAAGGAAUUCCUCUCCUGCUACAGAUACGAUGUCAACUUCACAGAGAUUCUGGAGAGUGACUCGCCGUGGCCGGACCCAUCAUGGCCACAUACCACCUGCACCUACGGAUGGACCUACAACUAUUCUUUCUACUAUCCGACCAUCACCUCUCAGCUGGACUGGGUGUGCGACGAGGACUGGCGACCGGCGCUGGCUCAGUCGCUCUUCUUCGUGGGCUCCAUGGUCGGCACGCCCACGCUGGGAUGGGCGGCCGACGUGUGGGGAAGGCUUCCGCUCAUCGUCUUCACCAACAUCUUGGGAGGCGUUGCCGGGGUCGUGUCUGCCUUCAGCAACUCGUUCGCGAUGUUCGCUGCGCUGCGCCUGCUGGUGGGCUUCACCUUCGAACAGAUGCUCAUGAUCGGGUACAUGCUGACGCAAGAGUACGUUUCGAGUGAGUACAGGACCGUAAUGGCCAACGCGCCCGUGAUGGUGUUCCUGACUGGGUCCAUGUGCGGCCUCCCGUGGCUGGCCUGGUGGCUGGCCGACUGGUCCACCUUCGCCUUGGCCAUCCACGCACCUCAGUUCCUCACCAUCUUCUUCAUAUGGGCUCUGCCGGAGUCUGCGCGGUGGCUGCUGAGUCGAGGGCGAGUGGACCGCACGGUGGCCAUCCUCAAGACCGUCGCCAGAGUCAACCGGAAGCCUCUGUCUCCUGCUGUCAUUCAGGGCUUUAAGGACUUUGGCGAGAAGCAGCGGAAGACGUCCCACCAGAAAGUGACAGUGCUCGACCUCUUCAAGACGCCCGUGGACAUGAAUAAGACGUGCACCCUCUUCGUCGCCUACGACGGCCACACGCGCAACACGGAGAACAUCGGCCACAACGUCUUCGUCAGCUUCACCAUCGCCGGCCUCGUGGAGCUCCCGGCGGACUUCGCGACCAUGCUGGCGACCGAGUGGCUGGGGCGCCGCCACACCACCGUCGGGUCUCUCGUGCUCAGCGGACUCGCCGGCCUCUGCAUCGCCUUCAUUCCCGAAGACGACACGUUGGCCAUCAUGGUCGUGGCCUUCAUCGGGCGGUUCCUCAUCACGAUGUCCAUGGAUAUCGGGCACCAGUACCCUGUGGAGGUGCUCCCGACGGUGGCGCGGGGGCAGGGCAUCGGCGCCAUGCAGACUGUGGGCUUCCUGUGUGGCUUCAGCUCGCCGUAUAUUGCUUAUUUGUCCAAGUUCGGUCCGGCGGUUCCGUACGUGGUGCUGGGCGUGAUCACGGUCACGGGCGGCUUCGCGUGCCUCCUGCUGCCCGAGACGCUCAGCGAGAAGCUCCCCGACACCCUGGAGGAGGGAGAGAGCUUCUUCGCCGGCCAGGGACUCUGCCACAACCCCUGCGCGAGGAGGAACAAGAUCUCAGCUGGCGACGGAGCGGGAAGAACGACCGACCCGCCAUCUGGAGGCAAGCAGAGUAAUGACAAUAAUGCGAAGUGAAUAAUGCGCUUCUUCGGUGUCAUUUGUUUUACGCAGGAGGGAGAAAAUUAAUAAGAAAUAUUGGUAUUUUGCUGGGGUUGCUGUUGAAUAUUGUGGGAUUUUUAGGUGAGAUAAUUGGAGGAAAAUUUUGGAUCAAAAAAGAUGUUUUUGAUAUGCCAGACCCCAUUUAUGGAUUUUUUAUUUAUAUCUUAAUGAUUUCUUAAUUAUUCGUUUCUUCAUAACGUUUUCAUUCUUUUGUUGUUAUAUAUAUUUUUAGCCAGAAAUGUGACGGAUCUUUUAAAAAAUAUUUCUAUGUGAAUCCUACUGUUUUGCAGAAUAAAGUCGCAUAAAUACAAAAAAUGUUCUGUGAA